UCAUCUCCAAAUCUCAUUCAUCAAACAACAUUUCAUAUUCACUCAAAAACAACAACCUUAAUCACCACUUAAAAAACCUUAAUCUCUCUCUCUAUUAUGGUUAAGUCAGAGAAUAACACCAAAAUCAAAACAGAACCAUUAACAAAAGCAAAUAUUAUCUCAGAUAUUAGCAAGAAAAAGAAGUAUAAAGGAGUAAGAAUGAGAAGUUGGGGUUCUUGGGUUUCAGAAAUUAGAGCACCAAAUCAAAAAACAAGAAUUUGGUUAGGAUCUUAUUCAACUCCAGAAGCAGCUGCUAGAGCUUAUGAUGCUGCACUUCUUUGCCUUAAAGGUUCUUCCUCUGCAUCAAAUCUCAAUUUCCCUCUAAACUCUUCUUCACAUUAUUGCAAUAUUAAGAAUCUUCAAGACAUGUCACCAAAAUCCAUUCAAAGAGUUGCUGCUGCAGCUGCAAAUAGUUUCAUUGACAACAAUAAUGUUAAUGUUAGUACUACGACCCCGUCAUCGACAUCUUCAUCAUUGGUUUCAUCUCCAUCAUCAAUGGCUUCUUCUGAUGAUGUUUCUUCACUUAUAACAUCUUAUGAUCAAGCUAAUGAUGGAUCAAUGGAUAUGAUAUCAGAAACUAAUUGGUAUGGAUUAGAAGGUUUACAAUCUCCUAAAUAUGUUGAUCAUAUGUUGUUAAGUGCUUCUUUCUUUGAUAUUGAUUCUUUAUCACAUUUGCUUAAUGAUGAUGUGUAUGAAGAAAGUGAUAUUAGUUUGUGGAACUUCAGCUGAAGGAAGAAACUCAAAUCAUCAUUUUUUUUUUCUUCUUAAUAUUCAAUUCAAUUUUAAUUCUUUUGUCUUCAGUGAUACUACUUGAAGAUAUUAGUGUAAGAAAUAAAUAUAUAUGGCUUAAUG